GGCCUUACCUGCAUGGACUAACUUUGGUUUGGAUCUACUGCACCAUCCUGGAUCCACUCACUUUAGCAACCGUUUUCUUUGAGCGUCAGACCUUCCACUGUUAUUCUGUCUCUUUACUGGAACCUGAGGCUGAGACCGGAGGGUCCACCUGUGAGAUCCCGUCCGCCAUGUGAGUCUCACAGGGCCUGCGCGGCUGCUCUGAAGUCAAGAAAACCUGCGCUGAGGUGGUGCGGUCCAGAUAUGGGGAACUACGGGUCCAACCUGGAUGAUAUCCUGGCCCAGGACAUGCACCAGUGGUACAAUAAAUUCAUGCGUGAGUCUCCAUCUGGUCUGAUCACGCUGUUCGAACUGAAGUCCAUUCUGGACCUGAAGGGGUUGACCCAAGACGCCAACAGUUACGUAGACCAGGUCUUCUUCACGUUCGACAUGGACGGGGACGGCUACAUAGACUUCGUGGAAUACAUCGCAGGCAUCAGUUUGCUGCUGAAAGGCGAGAUCAACCAGAAGUUGAAAUGGUACUUCAAGCUCUUUGAUCAGGACGGAAACGGGAAAAUCGAUAGGGAGGAGCUGGAAACAAUCUUCACCGCGAUCCAAGACAUUACACGGAACAGAGAUAUUGACCCUGAGGAGAUAGUGACUUUGAUCUUUGAGAAAAUUGACCUAAAGGGAGAAGGUGAGAUGACCCUGGAGGAGUUCAUCGACGGGGCCAAACACCACGAGGACAUCAUGGAAAUGCUCAAGAACCUGAUGGACUUGACGCCAGUGCUGGUCAUCAUCAUCGAGGGCCGGACGAGGCCGGCGGUUGAGAAUAACAGAAAGAAAUGAUUGAUCAAAAGACUUUUCCAGAGGUUCUUUCCGUGAUAUUUAUUCACGACAAGGAACGUAGCCACAUCCAAGAACACUUGACUGCAUCUAUUUUGCGCUUGGAACCUUAGCGGAGCUUUGAUUCAGCGUUCCUUCAGACAGUAACAUAUCGGGUUUGUCUUUGUUUUUUCACCAAAUGCUGUUCAUUUUAUCUGUUAUACUUUGAACAUCAAGUUUGACAGGUUCAAGUUAGUGUGUGACUGGAAUGUGAAGUGACUGAGUUUAUAUUUUUAUACGAUAACAAGUACGGAGACUGACUGAGUCAAACUGUUCUCGUGUAGUAGAUGUUUCAGACAAAAUAAAAGCUCAACAAGCAUUU